CUUCAGAAUAGGCGGACGUUCGCGCCUUUUGAAUUUGGAACGCGAUCGAUUAAAAAAGAGAUUAAUUUUAUUAAAAAUGAAUAUAAUUUCGUUAACAGUGUACACAUUAGAAAACAAUUGUUAUACAGUAUAUACAGCUUUGCUUGUGUGUUUUGCCGUGUUUACGGUGUUUCAUAAAAAAAGAAUUGAAGCUAAUUUGAAUAGGAGCGGACCUAAGAAAAAAUUGGCGCCAAAAUGGCACACCGGGAGAGAACGAGACUUUCCUGAUGACGGGGAUGACGAGCCCGAGGUUCUAAUCCCAGCUAUCCCGGAGGAUACACCUCACAUACUGUACACCCCUCCGCGGAGAUCCGACGAUGAGAUUCUCAAGAGGUCCCGGGAAUACUAUGAGCUGAUGGCACAGAGGCGGACAGUGAGAUCGUUCAGCACCGAACCCAUUCCUGAUGAAGUCCUGGAUAAUAUUAUUAAGACUGCAGGCACUUCACCUUCGGGUGCUCACACAGAACCUUGGACCUUCAUCGUAGUCCAAGACCCUGACGUGAAAGAAGCCAUCAGAAACAUCGUUGAAGAGGAGGAAGAACAAAAUUACGCUCAACGAAUGUCAAGACAAUGGGUGACGGAUUUGAAACCAUUCGCAACAAAGCCUCUAAAGCCUUACUUGACUGAUGCUCCAGCGAUGAUUCUGGUCUUCAGACAGACUUACUCUUGGAGACCAGAUGGGAAGAAGAAGAUGCAUUAUUACAGUGAAAUCAGUGUAGCUAUAGCCGCGGGGAUACUACUGGCUGCUAUCCAUUACUGUGGCUUAGUUGCUCUCACGUCUACACCGCUGAACUGCAACUCCCGUCUCCGAGACCUGCUCAGCAGACCCAUGAAUGAAAGACUGGAACUUCUGCUACCAGUCGGAAGACCGCACCCAGAAGCCAAGGUGCCUGAUGUCCAGAGGAAACCCUUGGAAGAGAUUUUGCUCAAGAUCUGAAUACCCCCGACUGAAUCAAAAGACUUAACUAGUUGCUAUAUGUAUAUAGAUAGCUCAUUUUUUUAAUUUCCUAGCGAAAUAAAGUUUAUG